AUGCCGACUCCAGAGGAAUCGAGGAACUUGGAGGUCGUCUCGAAGUAUUUCGAGCAAUAUUGGGGGAAGGCUAAUCCAGAUAUCGUUGAUGAGCUUUGUGCUGAUGAUUUCGUGAUUAACUAUCCCAUGCAUGGCCCCAGAUUUGGCAAAAAGGAUGCCAAGAAGAUGCUGUCAGAGUUCAAGGCAGCAUUUCCAGACAUCUCCUUUCGCGCCUACCAGCAUCCGUUGAUUGCAAGCGGUCCCUACGUAGUAGGCCGAUGGAUUGGUGGAGGAACUCACACUGGUGUGGCUUUCCAUGAUCUUGCUGUGGGCUCUCUGAAUGAGCCCAAUACCGGAAAGGUGAUGCAUUUUUCCGGAACGACAAUUUUUACGCUUCGUGAUGGCAAGAUUAUUGAUGAAACAGGGGAAGAGGGGGCAUUGACAGCUUUACAGAACUUGGGCCUACUUCCUCAGCCAAAUUAUGGGAAGGACAUCAAGUAUCUACAUGAGUAA